UGUGUCCGUGUACGUGUGUGUGUGUGUGUGUGUGUGUGUGUGUGUGUGUGUCCGUUAAUGAGUCAUAGUCUUUAGCUCUAAAGUAUGAACUGGUGGUGAGGACACACGCCGACUUCUUACUUAAUCAAUUAAAUUUUAUUCGUCCCACAGUUUGUCUCAUGUGGCUUAAUAAGAAGUUUCAGUCGCCAAUAAACCGGACAAAGAACAAGAAGAAGAAGAAGUUCUUAUUGAUUCAAUUCCUACUGAUCACAAACUCACUUUUCAUUUGACAUUAUAUCAGAGAAAGUGAGCCGUGAAAUUCAGAAACAGACUUCUAGGAUUAAUCUUGCCACUUGCUAGAGGCUGCUAGUUCUAAUUUAAUGUUUACUGAACAUUUAUUCAGUGUCAGCUCCAAACUAAUAACUUUGUGUUUAGCGCUAACGGGUCUUUGAAUGUGAACAAAUCUUAAUUGGCAUAUUUUAGGAUAUGGUCUACUUAUUAGUUUCAAUGAUUUAAUAUGCUGCAGUUAUCAGUUCCGAGUUAUAAACAUUUUGUAUUCAUUUAGAACAACAAGGCUACAGGUGGAGUGCACUCACUGUGGAGGAUUUCCAUUGGAGAUAACAUGCAGGGUUGUUUCCCUGAAAACAAUCGACUGGUUUCAGAGCAGCUACGACUUCAGACUUUCUUUGGUCGACUGAAGCUCAACAGGUUUCCUCUGUCUGUCUUCUGAACGAGCACACACUCCAAUGUACACUGUGUUUUAUAGACGGCCUGAUUCAACCUGAAGCCAAAUGAACGUGACAGAUUAAAAGGAUCUAUUAAAACAGAUCUGAAACACUCUUCUACUCUGCAUUCAGGAAACUAAAACUGAGAUCAAAGAUUUAUUACAUGUUCAAGUCACCAGAUUUUUAGAAGCCGAAGUUUAAUACAUCGAGGAGAGAAACAUUUGAGCUGAACAGUUGAAAUGUGAAAUGUUUAAAUGUGAUGAGGAAACAUUAAGUCAGCAUCAGCCUCUGUUACAGGUUGAAAUAGUUUAAUGUUUGUUAUGGAGGCUUUUAAAAUCGGUUUACAUUGUUCUGUUUGCCAAAUACGUUCUGUCUCUUUCUCCUACACACACACACACACACACACACAGAGACACACACACACACACACACACACACACACACACAGAGUCACGUGAUUUCGAGUAACUGCAGAGAAGAGGAGGAGCCUCCAGUGAAAGUUUUCAGACUCGUUCUAACUUCAAGGAGCAGACGGAGGAGACGUGAAGUCUGAGGCUGAGUGAACUGGUUCAACAGGGAGGAGGAGCAUGAGAACAGGGAGCGGUCAGACUCCAUUUUCACCUGGAUGAGCAGCAGGAAGGAAAGUGAGCAGCAGUGGUCACAAACCAGUUGAGAGUCUUCACUGUGGAUCCCAGUAAAGCUCUGGACUCACUGGCUGAGGUGUGAGGAACAUCGACCUGCAGAGCCAGGAUAUUCAGAAGAUGGCGACAGCUCCUCACAAGCUCACGAGCCACAGGAAAGCACUCAGGAAACAGCGGCAGCGUCUCGUCAAUGUUCAUUCACUCGGCGGAGUUCCUUGCAAACGGUCUUCUUGUGGAUAAACCUUGCCGACGGACUUCCGGAUAUUAUCCAAAGAAAACCGAGUACUUUGUACGGCAUUGAAGAAGAGGUCUCCCCGCGAAAACUUCGUCUCCAAGAUAGACAUUAAAACUGGUGUGAAAGAUCAUUUCACUGUGUUCUGCUAUAAACUGAGCGCAGAACCAGAAGGAAAUAGACCAGACCUUGAAUAUCUAGAAGAGCAGCGUGGCCUGAACCACAACUGAGCCGCAGCCGGCCCGGAGCAACAUGGACGAGGAUAUUUGUGUUUGCAAAGGUCAGGACCAGAGACUGAGAGCAGAGUCUCCAGGGUCCAGCUGUCUGUCUCUGAAGAGUAACCAGUCCAUGGGAGUUCCUCUCCACUUCAGUAAUGAACCUGGACCCUCACACACAAAAGGUCAGGACCAGAGACUGAGAGCAGAGUCUCCAGGGUCCAGCUGUCUGUCUCUGAAGAGUAACCAGUCCAUGGGAGUUCCUCUCCACUUCAGUAAUGAACCUGGACCCUCACACACAAAAGGUCAGGACCAGAGACUGAGAGCAGAGUCUCCAGGGUCCAGCUGUGUGUCUCUGAAGAGUGACUGGUCCAAAAAUGAUCCUCCAAACUUCAGUAAUGAACCUGGACCCUCACAAACAGAGGAGAGGAAGAGGAGUCAUGUUUCUGAGGAGGAGCAGUCGUCCUGCUGUGCUUCAUGUCAGGACGUCCUGAAGGAUCCAGUCUCCACCAGCUGUGGACACUGGUUCUGCAGACAGUGCAUCACCUCAUACUGGGACCAGUCUGGUUCUUCAGGAGACUCCUCCUGUCCCCAGUGUGGACAAAGAUCCAGAACAGGAGCUGGAGGUCAGACAGCCGCAGAUCGUGGUCUGCAGGAGGUUUCAGAUGAACAUAAGCUCAGUGUGAGGAGGAGAUGUGAACAUGUGACUGAAGGAAGUGAUGAAACAGGAAGUAGAACCCUCCUCAACAGGAUCUACACUGAGCUCUACAUCACAGAGGGACAGAGUGAAGAGGUUAAUACUCAACAUGAGGUGAGGCAGCUUGAGACAGUUUCCAAAAUGAAGAUCCUCCACGACACUCCCAUCAAGGUCCACGACAUCUUCAAAGCCUCCACUGACCAGCAGAGCAGCAUCAGAGUCGUCCUGACCAACGGCGUCGCUGGCGUUGGAAAAACCUUCUCGGUGCAGAAGUUCACUCUGGACUGGGCAGAGGGUUUAGAGAACCAGGAUGUGGGUCUGCUGGCUGUGCUUUCGUUCAGGGAGCUGAACCUGGUGAAGGACCAGCAGCACAGUCUUCUCACACUGCUCCAUGUUUUCCAUCCAGCUUUACAGAAGCUCACUGCAGAGACGCUCGCUGUCUGUAAACCUUUGUUCAUCUUUGACGGCCUGGAUGAAAGCAGACCUUCUCUGGACUUCAACCACAGGGAGCUUGUGUCUGAGGUCACACAGAGGUCAUCAGUCAACGUGCUGCUGACAAACCUCAUCCGGGGGAAUCUGCUUCCCUCAGCUCUCGUCUGGAUAACCUCCAGACCUGCGGCGGCCAAUCAGAUCCCUCCUGCAUGUGUUGACAGGGUCACAGAAGUACGAGGCUUCACUGAGGCCCAGCAGGAGGAGUACUUCAGGAGGAGGUUCAGUGAUGAAGAGCUGUGCAGCAGAAUCAUCUCUCACAUCAAGACGUCCAGGAGCCUCCACAUCAUGUGUCAAAUCCCAGUCUUCUGCUGGAUCAGUGCUACAGUUCUGGAGCACAUGUUGACCACAGACCAGAGAGGAGAGCUGCCCAAGACCCUGACUGACCUGUACUCACACUUCCUGCUGGUUCAGACAAAGAGGAAGAACAACAAGUACGGUGAGGGACAUGAGACGACUCCACAGCAGCUGACGGGGGCUGACAGGGACGUUCUCCUGAAGCUGGGGAGGCUGGCACUUAAACAUCUGGAGGAAGGAAACAUCAUGUUCUACCAAGAAGACCUGGAGCGGUGUGGUCUUAAUGUCACAGAGGCCUCGGUGUACUCAGGAGUUUGUACUGAGAUCUUCAGAAGAGAGUGUGUGAUCUUCCAGAAAUCAGUCUACUGCUUUGUUCAUCUGAGCGUUCAGGAGUUCCUGGCUGCAGUCUACAUGUUCCACUGUUACACACACACAGAAGAAGUCAACAACUUCUUGGGAACAUGUGGGAACACAGACAGUACCUUCUCCCUGGAUGACCUCCUGAAGAGAACCAUGAAUAAAUCCCUCACCAGCAGAAAUGGUCAUCUGGACCUGUUUGUUCGCUUCCUUCACGGCCUCAGUCUGGAGUCCAACCAGAAAGUCUUAGGAGGCCUGCUGGAUCGGACAGAGAACAAUCAAGAGUUCACCCAGAGAGUCAUCAAGAACCUGAAGGAGAUGGAGAGUGAUGACAUUUCUCCUGACAGAAGCAUCAACAUCUUCCACUGUCUGACUGAGAUGAACGACCACUCAGUUCAUCAGCAGAUGAAACAGUUCCUGACGUCAGAGAACAAAUCAGAGGAGAAACUCUCUGAGAUCCACUGCUCAGCUCUGGCCUACAUGCUGCAGAUGUCAGAGGAGGUUCUGGAUGAGUUGGACCUGAAGAAGUUCAACACAUCAGACCAGGGUCGACGGAGACUGAUCCCAGCUGUGAGGAACUGCAGGAAGGCUCAACUUGGUGGUUGUCUCCUCUCAGAGACUCACUAUGAAGUUGUGGCCUCAGCUCUGAAGUCAGACCCCUCACAUCUGAGAGAACUGGAUCUGAGCUUCAACGAGCUGCAGGAUUCAGGAGUGAAGCUGCUGUGUUCUGGACUGGAGAGUCCAAACUGUCGACUGGAGACUCUGAGGUUGAAGAGCUGCAGACUGACAAAGAUCAGCUGUUCUUCUCUGGCUUCAGCUCUGAGGUCAAACCCCUCUCAUCUGAAAGAACUGGAUCUGAGUGGAAACAACCUGCAGGACUCAGGAGUGAAGGAGCUGUGUGGUUUUCUACAGAGUCCAACCUGUCGACUGGAGGCUCUGAGGUUGUGGAGCUGCAGUCUGUCAAAGAUCAGCAGUUCUUCUCUGGCUUCAGCUCUGAGGUCAAACCCCUCUCAUCUGAGAGAACUGGAACUGAGUAGAAAUAGCGGCCUGCAGGACUCAGGAGUGAAGGAGCUGCUCGAUCUACAGCAGAGUCCAACCUGUCGACUGGAGACUCUGAGGUGGCAUGAGUCUAAGCCUGUGUUUGAGCCUGAGUAUGAGUAUGAGUAUGAGUCUGAGUUUGAGCCUGAGCCUGAGUAUGAGUAUGAGUCUGAGUUUGAGCCUGAGCCUGAGUAUGAGUAUGAGUCUGAGUUUGAGCCUGAGCCUGUGUUUGAGUAUGAGUAUGACUAUGACUUGGAUUGAAGAGGACAUUGUGUGUGUGGAUGGAGGCUGAGCUGUGUCCUGAGGAUCCUGAGGAUCCAGAGGCUGAAGCAGCAGCAGCUUGUGUGUAGUCUCCAAUCUACACAACCCCUAAUCUGCAUGUGUUUGUGAGAUGAAGCCGGAGCACCUGGAGACAACACGGGGAGAACAUGCAGACUCCACACAGGAAGAAUCCAUCUGGACCAGAUUCAAACCAGCAACCUUCCUUCCCCCGAUUGUGUUUAUCCACAUGUAGAAAUGACAUAACCCAAGCAGAAUAUAUAAACCCUCUAUAAAGAGUCACAUACAGUGUGUUUAAGUUUGUCUUUAUUAUUGUCCACCUUUGUCCCUCAGUAUGUCUCCAUGUGUGUAGAACCACAUUCUGUGUAUAUGUUUGUUUAUGAUCUUAAAGUUCCUGGAUUCAUGUCACAAAUUUAUUUAGUUCAACACAAAGUUCAACACAUUGAAAUCACUUUGAGUUUAAAAUCAGAGUUUUGUCUUUGACACAAAAGAUCAAAACUCUGGACUUAAAAAUGGGACGUUUUCAUUUCUGCAUCAGGUGCAGAGCGGUGGUGGCUUUUCUACUUUUGACCCACAGGUGGCGCUGCAGUAUAACAGCAGCACAUCCCAGUCAAAGCCUUUAUAUUCAGUCUAUGAGUCAAACACAUGGAUCAUUUCCUCUGUGACAAACCAGAUGUAACGAGAAGAAAAACAUCUCAGAGAGAAAAGUUCUGUUUCUACUUGUCUCUUCUUUAAUGCUCAAUAAACAUCCUUCCACCGACUUCACUGGAA